GGAGAGAGAGAGAGAGAGAGAGCCCCGCGGGAGGAUGCCUUGCCCAGGACGGGGAUGCCCAGCUCGCCCUGAAGGCAGAGCCCUUGCCCAAGCACAGGAGGUACAGUGAAAUGAAGAAAUCUGAGAAGAUGUCCAAGCAACCAAAUUUGGGGACGCUAUCCGUGGUGCUGAUUCUCUCUCUGGGGCUUCCAGAAGUCUCCCUUGCAUGUCCUCGUCCAUGUGCCUGUUAUGUUCCCACUGAAGUUCACUGCACAUUUCGGUCCCUAACAGCUGUGCCAACAAGCAUCUCCAAGCAUGUGGAACGAAUCAAUCUGGGGUUUAAUAGCAUCCAGACUAUAUCUGAAAACUCAUUUGCAGGACUAGCAAAGCUGGAAUUGCUCAUGAUUCAUGGAAAUGACAUCCAAAAUAUACCCAACGGUGCCUUAAAGGAUCUGACAUCAUUACAGGUAUUCAAGAUAAGCUACAAUAAGCUGCAGGGUAUAACUGGUCAGACUCUCCAAGGGCUUUCCAGCUUAAUGAGAUUGCACAUGGACCACAAUCGCAUUGAAUUCAUCCACCCAAAUGCUUUUAAUGGAUUAACUUCCCUCCGACUUCUCCAUUUGGAAGGAAACUUGCUCCAGCAGCUUCACCCCAACACAUUUUCUACCUUUCUGGUCCUUGAUUACUUCAGGCUGUCAACAAUAAAGCAUCUCUACUUGUCUGAAAAUGCUCUCCGAACACUGCCUGUGGGCAUUUUCCAAAAAAUGCCACUCCUAGAGAAUGUUUACCUUCAUGGAAACCCCUGGUCCUGCGAUUGUAGGUUGAAAUGGCUUCUUGAAUGGAAUGAAAAGUCUACAGGUGUCCUCAAGUGUAAAAAAGACAAAGCUUAUGAAGAAGGCCAAUUUUGCCCUAAGUGUAGCUUUCCUAAGCAAUUCCAGAAACAAGAUAUUCAAAAUGUAAAAGAUAUUUCUUGCACAAAGCCUGUCUUACAAUCCUCACUCAAACAGACCAUCAGCCCCAAGGAAGAGGAGCAGGAAGAUGACAUCUCUCACCUUCCCAUGGAAGAAUUCCAGCUGUCUCCUUGGAACAUUACCUUGAACCUAACCGAUGAGCAUGGAAACUUAGUGAAUCUGAAUUGUGAAAUCAAAAAACCAACUGACUCCACCAAAAUUCAGUGGAACCAGGUCUCUCCUCAUGAAAUUGAAGUCAACACUACCAUUUCCCUGGAUCUGGAAUGCCUCAUGAGCCGAGACAACUAUGAAAAAUUGUGGAAGCUUAUUGCUUAUUACAGUGAAGUGCCUGUCAAGUUAGAAAGGGAAUAUGUACUCAGCUAUGAGCCAAAAUUAAGCUAUCAUUACAAGCAAGGUUCUGAUUAUGAUGCCCUUUACUACACAGGUGUCAAAGGGAGAAUCUUUGCUGAGCCUACCUGGGUGAUGCAACCAUUGAUACACAUCCAAUUAAACAGACGCCAGAGCACAGGAAAAAAAGUAGUGCUGUCUUUUAGUACCAGAGUGUCUCAAACAUUUCAGACCCAAGAAAACAGACAGCAGAGAAACAGCUGGGUUAUGAUAGAGCACGAUGAGUACACAAGGGAUGCUCAGACUUUAGUAGAAGGUUCAGAUACUCAGCUCAGCUGCAAUGUGAAAGCAUCAGAAAGUCCUUCCAUUACGUGGAUGCUUCCAGAUGGGACUAAACUGAAGGCUCCAUUCAAAAUGGAAGACAGCAGGUAUUCUGUCCUCAGCAGUGGUCAGUUAGUCAUCAGAUCAGUGGCCUAUGCUGACUCAGGUGUGUACCACUGUGUUGCUCAGGUGAGAAAUGAUGUAGACACAAUGUCUUACAGAGUUCAGGUGCAUCCUCCAGUCAUUCAGCCACCCGACUCUGAGACAACAAAAGUUGAAAAAAAUGUUGGGGAUUCCAUCCUUUUGCCUUGUAAUGCAGUUGCAAUACCAGAUGCACACCUAAGCUGGAUACUCCCAAACAGCCAUAUUCUUCAUGAUUUAUCCAACUCAUCCAAUGGAUACCUGUUACACAACGGCACACUGCUAAUUCCACACAGCCAUGUGAGGGACAGUGGCUACUACAGGUGUGUGGCUAUCAAUCAACAAGGAUCAGACCAGUUCUCUGUUAAAGUAACAGUCAAUAAAAUGAUAUCUGACAGAUCAUCCAAAAGGGCAAAAUUUAAAAAGCACCCUGGUUCAAGGAUCUCUAUAAAAGCAAGGGAGCAGACCAUAGAAGAUGAUGAGGGAUCUGGUGAUGAAGAAUCUGAUUAUACUCCAAUCAAAAGACUCCAUCUGAAGGAACAUGAGGUAUCCCUUAAACAAAAGAAUGACCAUGUUAUUCCUGCCCAAAUUAAAAAGAAUAAAAAAGGAAAGCGCAAAAUGAAAUUGUGGAAAGGCAUGGAUAGGACUGAAGAGAUCAAUGUUGCAGAGGGCCGUAGGGUAUUUGAAUCUCGAAGGAGAAUAAAUAUGGCAAACAAACAAAUUAAUCCACAACAUUGGGCCAACAUUUUGGCAAAAGUCCGUGGGAAAAAUCUUUCUAGAACAACAGCAGCAACAGAUCCUUCUUUAAGAACAACGUCAGAGACUCCAUUUACACAUCAGACCUCAAGAGUACCUCCUCCUCCCAUUGCCAGCCCACCACUAAAUACUGCUGAGGAAGUCAGUGAAGAUGAGUCUUCUGCAGAUAUGUCACAUCUGAGUGAGGUAGAGCUAUUCUCGGUCACCUUUCCCCCCAUUAUUAAUGCUCAUGAUAACCAUCAAGAAGAAACACAUUAUCCAGCCAUGAGUACCAUAUAUUCUGUACAACAUGAGCCUUCCAGCACUGGACAAAGUCUGUACAGGAUGGAAUCAUCUAUCACAAAGGAUCAACAGAUUUCUCAAAAUGGACAGACACAGAUUUGGGACAACAGUGAAAUGAAGACAGAUCAGGAGAAAUCAGAGAAAUUGGAAAUCAUAGAUGAUUUUACCUCAAAUGAAAAAAUUAUAACCAGCUUGCCUUAUAGUCAAAGCCCUUUGGUAACAAUAGACAGUGGAGAUACAGCUACACAGUAUGCAUUCUCCUCUUUAGAUUUAUCAUCAGUACCUUCUUCCCUUACAAAAGUCCAUUUUUCUGAAAGCUCAGAAACAUAUUUCCAUCAAAAGAAAAUAAAUGAACUAGAUAACACUGCAAUCUCUGCACAGUCUCCAGUUAACAAUUAUGUUAAUUUGAAAGCCACUACUCCCUUCUUUACUUCUGCCUCUCCAAUGAUAGAACCUAUUCUUAAAGAGAGGAGUAAAAUAGAGCAUCAGCAAAUAAGAAUUUCUUCAGACCCAUUUGGGUUUUCUGAAAGUCUAAUCCUUAAAAACGCAAAUGCUCAAAAAUCAGAAUCCACUUUUACUGUAGAAAGUACCACCGAUCCAUUUAAAAAGAAAGAAUGGAGAAUGGCUACCAUUGCUACUGACAAGGUGACCACUGUCUCCAUGAUUACAGCAUCUGAAAGAAAAAUGACAGUUUCUGAGCCACAGGUUAUUCAGCAUCCCCGCAGGCGAACAUAUGGGAGAAAGAGACUUAGACCAAAUAGGUUCAGAAGACCAAAGCUUAUCCUCCCUACUGCCAUUACUGUCAAGGAAAUACCUUUUAUUCAAAAAAUACCUAAAAUAGAAGCUGUAACACAAAAUGCACAACAUUCAACUUUUAGGGACUAUCAGAAACCUGAUGGUGAAACACAACAAGCAAAUGAAUAUGAACCUUUGGAAGUCAGUUCUUCAUUAACUACAACUAUUACUUCUUUACAAAGGUCCACCAAAGCCCAAGACAUUGAAGCGCCUUCAGUUCAUCAACGUUUUGCUUCACUUCCUAAAAUACCUGCAACUCUUUCUAAUGGUGUCAAGGACCCUAAAAGUCACCUCAUGGUAACAACACAGGAUCCACCAACUACAAUGGCUAUGAAAGAAUUUUAUUUAUCUCAUCACUCAGAACAGGUGCUCAUGACACCUACAGAAAAUGAAUUAAUCAAAGUUUUGGCAGGUGAUACCAUUAGACAAAAUAAUGAAAUCACAAAGACACAUAGAACAAGAACUUCAGUACCUAUACUGAGUUUUACUAGCUCUUUGUCACCUUCUGACUUGAAUCACUCAAAGAUUCCAGAAUUUGCUGAAGAGUCUCUUCCUUUUGGCUCAUCAGAGAAUGUACUUAACCCAAGAGUAGUCCUGUCAAGACCUCCUACUGUACAAUACAUGACUACGAUUAAGAGCACAGAGGAGGACCUUAAGACUCCUCCAAAUGCAGAUAAAGUGCAUAAUGUUUCAGAAACUCCACCAGUGACUACAUUUGCAACAUCUUCCCAUCAGAAGGAAACAAUGACUUUGGCUCAUAUUAUGGAUGAUCACCUUUUCACACCUACUGAAAUGAAAGAAACCAUAAAUCCUUGGCAAAGCACAACAUCCAUACUCCCAUCUUCAAAGGAAAGUAUUACUCAGUUACAUGAUCAUCAUGAUAAAACUGCUGUAUACAGAAAUGAAAAAGGCUAUCCUCCUGUUUUACCAGUUGCAUCUUUACCUUUAGCCACUACUCUUCAUCCAUUAAUCCAGAGCACUCUUACUUUCUCUGAUCAUUCUUCUAGAAACAAAAAUUACACAUAUAGCCAACCAGCCAUCCCAGACAACAAAGGAUCUACUGCUGACAAUAUUAAAGCCAAACUUAGCUCAAGACAGAAUGAACUUUCCACUUUCCAUUCAAGCCACAACAGAAUCACUACACAACAAAAGCAAGGGCAAUUGAAAGAACCAUAUGGUAGUAGAUCAUACAACAGUCUCAGUCCAAAUAUUCUUAGACAACCAAUUGGAAUGAUACCCAUUUUUAGCCAGCCACCUGUUUAUGUACCUCCAAAACACAUUCCUGCAAGGGGAACCAUGAAAACUCCGUAUCUCAUGGUACCAGGCCUAUUUCACCAUUUUGUGACACAGCAAGUCCCUCUUCGCUACACCAAUAAACCUGAGAUUACAGCAUAUGCAGCACAAACCACACAGGACAGAAAAAACUCUUCAUAUGCAGAGACAUUCCCCACCACAACACCUGCACAGUUAUACAGACCUAAGGUGCAUACUUCAAGCAGAAAUGGCAACCAGGGUGAAAGCCGAUACACUAGUUACUCCAGGGUUUUUGCCAAUAACUACCUUCCUGAAAUCAAAGAUAAGCCUGGAAGAACAAUAAAUCAAGCUGUGCCACACUUUUCAAAUUCCAGAAUGCCAUUCCUGAUUAACAGAACCAGGGUGUUCCAACACUUAGGAGUAAAUUCUAAACUAGCUGUUCCUAAUGUGCGUGCCCCAGUGAGCACCACUGAAAAGAAAUUUCUCCCACCACCCAGUACUAUAACACAGAGUACUCUUCUAAAAGCCACAGCAAUGCCAGAACCUCCCAUUUCAUUGGUCACUGUGCCACCAACUGCAGUUGCCACACCUACAUUUCUCACUCCAAGCACUAGAUCUCAGACAACUUCAAGCACAUCAUCUUCCAGAAACUUUCAUCAUCAUCAUCCAAAUGUCUUGUUUGUGCCUAAACUGGGAGGAGUUAGACCACUGAAUUCCAGCAUCAUGCAGUCUUCCACACUAUUCAGGACACAAGGUGAAAAGCCUAAGAUAACCAAAAAGUCAAACAGUUUAUCCAUCCUUGCUGAAUCAGAUGCCAUCAUCCCAUGUGAUGCCGUAGGAGAACCCAAGCCAUUCCUUUCCUGGACGAAAAUCUCCACAGGAGCACUGAUGACAGCCAAUACAAGGAUACAACGCUUUGAAGUCCUGAAAAAUGGUACAUUCAUUAUCCGCAAUGUUCAGCUUCAAGACCGUGGACAGUAUUUGUGCACUGCUCAGAACCCGCACGGUACUGAUAAAAUGAUUGUCUUACUGACUGUCUUAGCCCAGCAGCCCAAAAUGCUGGGUCCACGCUUCAGAGACGUGACUGUUUAUUUUGGAGAAAAAGUGACCAUGGAUUGCCAAGCCAAUGGUAUCCCAAACCCACACAUUUCUUGGAUUUUUCCAGACAGGAAAAUACUACAGACUGUGAGCACCACUGAGGGAAGAGUGAUGCUGUAUGAAAACCGAACCUUGUCGCUCAAGGAUACCAGCUUCUCAGACCGGGGAGUUUACAAGUGCAUAGCCAGCAAUGCUGCAGGAGCUGACAGUAUUGCUGUAAGACUUCAUGUAGCUGCUUUGCCACCUAUUAUCCAGCAGGAGAAAGUGGAAAAUAUUUCCCUCAGUGUGGGGCAGAAUAUUAACAUUCAUUGUAGUGCCAAAGCAGCUCCUUUGCCUGGCAUCCGUUGGGUGCUUUUUGAUGGAACACAGAUCCGAACUUCCCAAUUUGUCCAUGGCAAUCUGUUUGUUUUUCCAAACGGAACCCUUUAUAUACGCAACGUCUCGCCCAAAGACAGUGGGAGCUAUGAAUGCAUUGCAGCCAAUAUGGUAGGUGCUGCCAGGAGGACUGUAUGGCUGCAUGUGAAAAAGCAGUCUACAAAUGCCAAGAUCACUGGGAGCUCUCCACAGAGAACAGAUGUGACAUAUGGCAGUGCUCUGCGGCUAGUCUGCAGUGCAUCUGGAGACCCCUGGCCACGAAUACUCUGGAGGCUUCCUUCGAAAAGGAUGGUGGAUUCUCUGCAUAGUUUGGACAGCAGAAUCAAGGUAUUUGGAAAUGGAACUUUGGUUGUCCAUUCUGUCACUGACAAAGAUGCAGGAGACUAUUUGUGUGUGGCUCGCAAUAAGAUUGGUGAUGACUAUGUAGUUCUCAAAGUAAACGUGAUGAUGAAACCUGCCAAAAUAGAGCACAAGAAUGAAAAUAAUCACAAAGUGAUCUAUGGAGGAGACCUGAAAGUUGACUGUGUGGCCACAGGCCUACCAAACCCUGAGAUCUCCUGGAGUCUUCCAGAUGGCAGCAUGAUCAACACCUUCAUGCAAUCAGAUGACAGUGGAAGCCGAACAAAGAGAUAUGUGGUGUUCAACAAUGGGACACUUUACUUCAAUGAUGUAGGGCUGAGAGAAGAAGGGGACUACACCUGUUAUGCUGAGAACCAGAUAGGUAAAGAUGAGAUGAAAGUGCGAGUCAAAGUCGUGGCUGAGCCUGCCAUAAUCAGGAAUAAAACCUACACAGUGCUCAAUAUACCUUAUGGGGAUGUGGUAUCUGUAGGAUGUGAAGCCAAAGGGGAGCCCACGCCAAAAGUGAUCUGGUUGUCUCCAAGCAACAGACCUAUCCCACUUCUCUCAGAUAAAUAUCAGGUGUACAGAGAUGGGACACUUCUCAUACAGAAAGCCCAAAGAUCUGACAGUGGCAACUAUACAUGUGUGGCCCGGAACAGUGCUGGAGAAGAUCGGAAAGUUGUCUGGGUCCAUGUUAAUGUUCAGCCCCCCAGAAUCAAUGGGCAUCUCAGCACAAUCACUUCAAUGAGAGAAAUGGCUCUGAGAGACAGCCGGAAACUAAUUGACUGUAAAGCGGAAGGUAUCCCAUCUCCACGGGUCAUGUGGGCUUUCCCAGAAGGAGUCAUCUUGCCUGCCCCCUAUUAUGGGAACAGAAUCACUGUGCACCGCAAUGGCACACUGGAUAUCCGUGGUGUGAGACAGACAGAUUCAGUGCAGCUAGUGUGCAUUGGCAGGAAUGAAGGGGGAGAAGCCAGGCUGAUUGUGCAGCUUCAGGUCAUGGACCAUGUAGAGAAACCCACCUUCAAGGAUCCUACCAUGGAAAGGAUCACUGCUGCCGCAGGUCACAGCAUCAACCUGAACUGCUCAGUCCAAGGGAACCCUCAGCCUAGCACAGCCUGGAUCCUUCCCAAUGGCACUGAACUGCAGAAGGGCAGCCAUUUACAGAGAUUUUACCACAAAAGGGAUGGCAUCCUGCACAUCAGUGCCCUGUCUGCAGCAGAUGCUGGGACUUACCGCUGCACAGCUCAGAACUCUUGGGGCUAUGUUGAGAGGGUGGUCUUCCUCAAAGUGGGUCUGAAACCAGAAAUCAGCAAUCAAUAUAACAACCUGGUGAGCAUUAUUAAUGGGGAGACCCUGCAGCUUCAUUGUAUUACUCAACCCAGUCAGCAGGCUCGCAUCACCUGGACUCUGCCCAAUGGAAUGGUGUUGGACAGUCCCCAGACUCUUGGUAGGUUCUCCCUGUCAGAGAAUGGCUCUCUUACCGUGCGUGAGGCAUCUGUCUUUGACCGAGGGACUUACCUGUGCAAGGUGGUGACUGAAUAUGGCUCUUCCCUGAUGAACGUUCCAGUGAUUGUGAUAGCCUACCCACCCAGGAUCACAAGUGAACCAACCCCUGUCAUUUAUGCAAGGCCAGGCAACACUGUGAAACUGAACUGUAUGGCCAUUGGGAUCCCUAAAGCAGAAAUAACAUGGGAAAUCCCAGACAAAUCACAUCUGACAACAGGAGCUCAGUCCCGUUUGUAUGGAAACAAAUUCCUUCACCCUCAGGGCUCAUUAAUCAUUCAGCAGGCUACACAAAGAGAUGCAGGCUUCUACAAAUGCAUUGCUAAAAAUAUACUAGGCAGUGAUUCAAAAGCAACCUACAUACACAUAUUCUGAAGUUCAAACAAUCUCCUUUGAAUACACACAAUUAUCUAAAGCCCCUGCCAAGUGAGCACAGCUAGGAAAAUACAGUUGCUAAAUAAAACCAAUUGCACCAAGGAGAUAGUAGAUCAGUUGUGCCAAAAAUGAAGGGAGCACAGAGUUUUACCUUCAUGAAAUACCAAAAUACUAUUCAGGUAAUACAUAUGGAGAGACCUUUCAACUAUCACUGUCAUGGAAUAGGUUAUCUUGCCCAUUUUCCUUAGAACCUGAGAUUGGAAUUUGUGGAAGGAGGCAGGAGCACAAUAUUUCAGGACAACUUUGUGAAGCUUUAAUAUUUUCACAUCUUGUUUCUGAAACUUGAUCUUGUGGGUUGCAUGUGUAAACAAAACAAUCCAAACUAGCCAAAAUUAAACCACUGAUAACUGACCCAAAUAGUCCUUAACUAUGGUAGGAUUGUGCCCCAUCACCUUAAAGUCAUUCUCCUAUGGCAUCUCCAUGAUACAAUAGCAGCACAUGGUGAGUUUCUUAGCCCACAUUCUGUAUCAUUGGGUGCCACAAAUAGCUGUGCUAGAACUCAAAAUUUCCAAGUCUGAGGAACCUGUAGUUUUCCAGAUACAAAUAAACUUCUUCUCCAAUCAUGUCUCACUAUUGUAUAGGCUACAAUAUUUUGUGGUAAUUGGAGUCCAACAAUGUCUAGAGAGCCAUGGGUUUUUCAGCUUAUACUAUGGGAUAAAUUAUUAGGGAGAUCAGGGAAACUUUAUUUAAUAACAAUAGCAAACCCAUAGGCUAUAUCUAGCCAGUUCACAAAUUCAAAUCCUGGAUUGGCAAAUUAAUUCUUGCACAUCUUGUACUAUCUAAGACGUCUAUGGCUUCCACAGUUGAAAUGUUAGCGGGAAAAGGAAGAGGCAAAUUAGAAUAUAAAUUUGCAUACGUAUUUGUUUGUAAGCAAAUCCAGAGAAGAUCAUUUGUCAUUUCUCCUUGCCCCAGUCCAUUUUGGUGAUGUAUUCAAAGGUGGAAUACUCAAACCACAGAUGUUGUUGUUGUGUGCUUUCAAGUUAUUUCUGACUUAUGAUGACCGCAAGGC